GAAACAACCAACUUUGUCUUUCUUUCUUCUGAAUAUUUCCCUCAAUUAAUAAAUCAAAAAAAAAAAAGAAUAUCUAUUAGAAUAUUUUAUUUUAUCAACACUUGAAGAUGUCAAAACCUAUUUUAAAUUACAAGCACAGCAAUUAUGGGUAAUAAAACCACUUAUAAACAAAGCGAACAUCCUCUUCGCCCAUCUACACCGCACGUAUAUAUGGGAGGGGUCCAGAAAAAAGUGUUUGAGGCGAAAGCCUCACGUGUGGGUAGGAGGGCAAGAGAUAUUGUUAGAAAGAAUUUGGCUUUUUUUACAAAAAGCAUCAACCCACUGAUAAAACUCAACACUACUAACGACCUCCUGUUAUCCUCAUCAUCAAACAGUGUCAGUUGUCGUAAACUUCCAGCCAACGAUGAAGAAGAUGCUGUCCAUCACCAAGCUCUUAUUGAAUCACUAGCUCAAGAAUAUGCCUUACAUGCCUCUCCUUCAUGGCAAUACGUAGCCUCUACUAUCGGCGAGCCAAGAUUUCCACAUAUUGAAGGCUUACCGCGCACUUGGAAGGACAGUUUAAAAAUAGAUCAGCAAGAAUUAUAUGGAUUUUCGGCCAAACAAGUUAAAUAUCAAGAGCUGAUAUAUGAGAUUAUUAUGACAGAACAAUCAUACGUAGAUGAUCUUAUUUUGGUAUACAAGAUAUUUAUAAAAGAGACUUUACGUUGGGAUGGACUGCCUGCUGCUGUUAAACAUUUAUUCGAAAACAUAUUUCAAAUUAUAAGAAUGCAUUUACAGCUACUAAAGGAAUUAAGAGCACGCCAGAUGGCACAACACCCUGUUGUUCAAAACAUUGCCGAUGUUUGUAGAUCAUUUAUUUCCAGAUUUGAAGUUUAUGCUGCCUACUUCUCGAAUUUCGAGAAAGCCAACAAUAUACUUAUGGAAAGCAUCAGACUUCAAGAUGAAUUGGGAUCAUUUAUAUCUCGCCGAUCAUUGUGGACAGAAUGCAGAAAUUUGCCGCUCUCAGCAUAUUUAUUAACGCCCAUUCAACGAGUAAUGAAGUAUCCACUCUUCUUUAAAUCAUUAGCAGAAUGUCUUUCACCGAAUGAUAUCGACUUUCAAGAGAUCCAAAUAUUAUUAACUGAAUUGGAUGUGAUGUUGCGAUAUUUUGAAAAACAGAAAAAAGAAUCUGAAGAUUUUUUGAAGCUGGAAGAUUUGGCGUGCAGAAUUAAGGGACUGGAGGGGUCUACUAUACAUAUUGCAAAGAGUGGUAGAAAAUUAAUCCAUGAAGGUUAUUUGACAUUGGUUCCUGUAUCCGAUCAAAAAUAUUCCACGUCUCGUCUUGAUGAAUCUACAGGGUCAUUUUCGAGUUCUUUGUAUCCUUCAACUUUAAGCAGACGAAACAGUACAUUUUCAUUAUCGUCAAAAAGACAAAAACGUGCGUAUGUUUUUCUGUUCAAUGACAUGAUUGUUUGUACAAGCGAAAGGGAUAAGAAAAGGUCCAGCCCCACGGAAAACAAAGCAAUGGGACCACCUUCUCGAAAAGGUACCUAUCAUGGUCCUUCGCCCGACACACUUUUUAAAAUUACGCACACACCUGGAAAAAUUACGAUGGUCGAUAGAGCAGUUACAAGGGAGAUUAAUCUUACAAAUACAGAUAAACUUUCGAGACGCGGAUCGGCGCUGUUCCAAUCUUUAAGGAGGUAUGGGUCACGCAACAAUGAUGACCAUGACACGCAUAGUGUAUCUUCACCAUCCACUGAAUCGCCACAUACAUCUUACUUUACCUCACAGAGCUGUAACGACCUUUAUCAACCAACAAAAUCUAACAUUGCUGUAGAAAGACACCCAUUACAGUUUAUAUGUUCUGUUGCAACCAAAAAUCUUAUGAAUCUUCACUUUGAGGCAGAAUCUCCGGAAGAAAAAGAUACAUGGUGCCGACAUAUGGAAAGUGUCUUGGAGGAGCAUGUACAAAGAAACUAUACCCAAGCAGUUGAGAAAAAUACCAGCCCGGCUUAUAAGCAAGCUACAAUCAGCCCAACAACUUCAACCUAUUCAUUUGAAAGUAUAUCUUCUUCGGAAUCCUUGGUAUAUCCUUCUUGGACUGGCUACUGUGAUGUUGAAUAUAUGGAUAUAGAUGAAUUAGAACAACCAGCACCAUUUAGCGUUCCUUCGGACAUCGAUGCAACACAGAACAAUAACGCGAAUAAAAGCCAGGAUCUGCUACAGACUAUCAUGGGGGAAUUUGGUGAUAACAUAUGGAGUGUUGGUGCUCCGCCAGGGAUGUCUCCAUUUCAAUUGCGAAAAUCAUUUUCAGAUAUUGGAUCACAUCUUUAAUACUUGAUUAAUUAAUAAUAGUAAUAAAAAAAAAAACUAUAAAAAACACAUUAACCAUGUACUCCUUGUAAAAAGCAGCUUAAUAGAAUUUGUGACCGAGUCCAAUGUUGACAAACAAAUAAAAGUUAAUUUCUUACUAUUUCAGACUUCU